AUUAUACUCAAUGAAUCAUUUUUAUAUGUUCUAUCAAGAAAAAGACAAGAAAAAAACUCCUACAACAAAUGUCAUUACAUCAAAACAAAGAAAGUGAAUCCUCUACUAUACUAUUUGUAUUAUAUCAUUGGUGUGUUUUUAUUUGGUUCUGCUACAACACAGUUGGCAACUGCUUGUAUUAAGAAGCUCAUAGGACGUUUACGACCACAUUUUUUAACGGUGUGCAUUCCAAACUAUGAUUUAUUUAACUGUUCUGAUGGUUACAUUGAAGCAGAUGUGUGUACUGGUGAUCCUCACAUUAUCAGCGAAGCAAGAUUGUCAUUUCUAUCCGGACAUUCCUCCCUUGCUUGGUUUAGCGCCUUGUAUCUUGCGGUGAGGUUUGUAUGGAAUUUACCAAAACUUGUGAAACCAACGCUACAGUUUACUUCAUUAAUGUUGGGUUUACUCUGCUCGUUGACUCGGAUAUCAGAUUAUUAUCAUCAUCCAACGGACGUAUUGUGGGGCAGUUUAUUGGGAAUCGUUAUAGCAUUAUUGACAUAUGUCUAUAUCUCAGGGCUGUUAAAGAUGCAUAUGGCGAUCCCUGGGAGGCAUCGAUAUGCAGAGACUGAACAGUCAAAGCAGGAACACAUAGAUAUUCCGAAAACUGAAACUGAAGAUGUUAUUGAAACUGGCCUCCCUUGCUAAAUAAAUGUUUAUCUACAUGUCUGAGUUGCGAAAGAUACCUUUCCCGGUAGUGAAUUCUGUUGAAGAUAGCUUGGAAGUGGACUACAGAGAAGAAGAGUCGUACAUUCUACAAGGCGACACAGAACCAACUUACUAUGGUGUAUAAAUAAUAGGAAAAUUAUAUAACUACUAUUUUUAUAUUUCACUAAUUCAGAAUAAUGAAUAAUUACUGGUUUGAUAUUUUUGGUACAUACAAUUUGUAUCUGUGCACGAUAUCUGCUGAUAUGUUGUUUGUGGUGAUUUGGAUUACUGUGCUUUUCACAAAGACAUAAAUUUGUUUUAUGGACAUUUAUAAAAUAUUUAUGUAACACUAACCCUGGGAGAUUUUUGUGUUUUACUGAAAUGGAGCUCAUUCAAAAUGCAGUUUUUGCCAGUUUCAUUUCGUCAUUUGCAGUUUUAAUGCCAUGCCCCCUGAAAGCAUGUGGUUUUCUAAAACAUUCUUAAAUUCAAUUUCAUACCUUUAUGAAAUGCAUAGUAUUUUCACCUGAUCUAUCAUGAAAGUCUUGAAAUAUAAUUUACAUGUUAACUAUAAUGUAGGAAAUAAUUGCGUGUUAUAAAUCGCCUUUGUCAGAGGUUUUUGUCAUAGCUUUAUAUUGCAAACAUUUAUUCGCAAGUAAUUCAUUUCAAGAAAUAGCUCCCAAACUUAACUAAAUUUGUUUCAUUCUGUUGAUUAAUCAAUUCCCACAGAAAUCAAUCCCCACAUUGUCAUUAUGGAUGAGAAGAGUUUAGAUGCAUUAACAUGCUCAGCUUUGCCUCACAUAUAAUAUCUUGCCAAAGAUCCUUCUCAUCCACUAUGUUGCUUUGGGAGGUACAUUAUUGUUUAAAUAACAGUACACAAUAAUGUGUGAAUAUCCCCAACCUUUCAUUUAUUUCACAGUGAUGGGCAGUGCACUGUUGUUUAUUCAUAAUAUGUGGACUGUCACGUAUAUAUUUAGCUCUGCUGUCGAGUGGAGCUUAUCAUUUGAGUGAUUGUCCGUCAUCAUCUGCGUCAAUUUUUUACUUUUUCAACUUCUUCUUGAAAACUACAAGCCUGAAUGCUUUGAUACUUUGUGUAUAUGUACCUUGGGUAGACCUCUCUUAGAUUUGUUCAUUUCAUGAUCAUAUCUUCAAUUCUCUAUACAUGUAGGCACUGCAGGUAGACCUCUUCUCAGAUUUAUUCAUUCCUUAAUUGAAAUGUGCAUUGAUAACAGCGGAGCUAUCUCAGCCGAGCGGCUGCUUGUUCGGUUAAUUUGAUACAUAAAUAUCUUGGGGAUAAUGUAUGCAUAUUAGUUUUGUAGCCACAACCCAUGCAAAUCUUCAUUUCAGCCUGUUGAGACCAAAAAAUUUUUGAAAUGAAUUUUGAUCAAAUUUUCUAUAUAUAAAUAUAUAUUGGUGCUGAACACUGGCUGACUGAUCUCAACCUCCAAUGAGAUUGCUUCUUCACUGAUUAUUGGGAAUUUUCAUUUCCUAGAUUUCUUUAUAUAAAACAACAAUGAUUGCAUGUAUUUUGUAUUCACAUUGGGGCUUUGCAUAAU